AUAGUUACUUGCAUGGAAAAAUAUAUCCCGCUUCCAGACAGUAAACAUGUAUAUCGCAAGAAAGAAUCAGACAUCAAAUUUUGGUGAUUCGAUUAGAACAGAUAAUGUCGUGUCUAUUUUUCCCACAAUAUCCGUUUCUUCCAGACAGUUAUUUAGAUAUUUAAGAAGCUAACAUUUUUUUUGUAAACAUUUCUACUCGAACGUGUUUAGAUGCACAAACGUGUUUUAAGUUUUGUUUGAAACAAAAAUGAAACCCUUACCUUCUACGACCCAAUUACCCAGAUGGAAAAAAAACAAUAAAGACCAAAGGAAAUGCAUCACAACUGCUGAAGGAAUACCGAUAACGCAUCCUACCAGCAGCAUCACUGUCGGAGAACAUGGACCAAUCGUCCUUUACGACUCGAACCUGAUAGAGUCCCUGGCUCACUUCAACAGGGAAAGAAUACCGGAAAGAGUUGUUCACGCCAAAGGUUCAGCUGCGUUCGGUUAUUUCGAGGUCACCAAUGACAUCACCAAAUACACCACGUCCAAAGUCUUCGAGAUGGGGAAAAAAACUCCGAUUGCGGUCAGAUUUUCAAGAGUGGCUGGCAGUUUGGGGUCGGCCGACACAGAUCUGGACCCAAGAGGUUUUGCAAUUAAAUUUUAUACAGAAGAGGGCAAUUGGGAUUUGGUUGGAAAUAACACACCGAUUUUCUUCGUCAAGGACCCCAUUUUAUUCCCUCAAUUCAUCCAUUCUCAGAAACCCAACCCUGUUACGAACCUGAGAGAAUGGAAUCAGUUUUGGGACUUCCUUUCUCUUAGACAAGAAUCUGUGCACCAAGUUAUGUUUCUAUUUUCUGACAGGGGAAUACCAAAAAGUUAUAGGCAUAUGCAUGGAUAUGGCUCGCAUACUUUCUCAUUAGUUGAUAAGAACCAGAAGCUCAUUUACUGCAAAUUCCAUUACAAAACCGAUCAAGGUAUUAAGAAUCUUACACCUGCAGAAGCCCAACAGAUUGCUGGAGAAGAUCCAAAUUAUUAUGGCAGAGAUCUCUAUGAUGCAAUAGAAAAUAAGGAUUAUCCAUCAUGGACUUUUUACGUUCAAUUAAUGACUCCACAAGAGGCUAAACAAAAAAGUUAUGAUCCCUUUGAUAUCACAAAGGUGUGGCCCCAUUCUGAGCAUCCUCUGAUAAAGGUUGGCAAGUUGGUGUUGAAUAAAAAUCCCUCGAACUACUUUGCAGAAGUUGAACAACUAGCAUUCAGUCCUAGUAAUAUAACUCCAGGAAUAUGGAUUUCCCCCGACAGAUUUUUACAAGGUCGUUUAUUUUCUUAUGCUGAUGCCCAUAGAUACAGACUGGGAGCAAAUUACGCCCAACUACCAAUAAAUUGCCCCUUUAAAAUUAACACUUAUGAACGAGAUGGUGCUGCAAAUAUAAUAAAUCAAGGAGGUACUCCAAAUUAUUACCCCAACACUUUUAGGGAAACACCUGAAUGUCCUUAUAACUAUCCACUACCACAACAUAUUGAAGGAAAUGUUGGGCAUUAUGAUACAGGAAAAACUGAGAAUAAUUAUCAUCAAGCCAAUAUCUUUUACAACAAAGUUUUGGAUGCCACUGCAAGAGGACGACUUGAAGAUAACUUACUGUCUACUAUUAAAAAAAUAACAUGUGAAAAAGUGAAGAAUAACGUUUUGCAAAUGUUUUCUAAUGUAGAUCAGACUUUUGGAGAUAAUUUGAAAGAGAAAUUGAGAAAAUCUAUAAAGCAUGAAGGAUUUUAAAAAUUUUCAAUUUUUUUAUGGAACAAUUAUAACAUAUCUACAUAUUGUUUUUAGCAGAAAUAUAAGAUAUAUUUUGUGAAUUAUUCAAUGAAACAACUGAGAAUAUAAGGUACUUACUUCUUUGAUUUUA